AUGGCCUACACUAAGAUCGCUUUAUUCGCUGCUAUCGCUGCUUUCGCUUCCGCUCAAACUCAAGAUCAAAUCAAUGAAUUGAACGUUAUCUUGAACGAUGUUAAAUCCAACAUACAAGAGUACAUAAGCUUGGCUUCCGACCCUAACUCUGGUUUCUCCUUGGCCAGUAUGCCAGCUGGUAUUUUGGACCUAGGUAUGGCCUUGGCUUCCGCUACCGACGACUCUUACACCACUUUCUACUCUGAAGUUGACUUUGCCGGUGUCAGCAAGAUGUUGACUCAAGUCCCAUGGUACUCAUCCAGGUUAGCACCAGCUUUGAAGUCUUUGGAAGGUGAUGCCUCCUCUUCUGCUGCUCCAAGCUCCACUGAAGCCAAGACCUCCUCUUCUGCUGCUCCAAGCUCCACUGAAGCCAAGACCUCCUCUUCUGCUGCUCCAAGCUCCACUGAAGCCAAGACCUCCUCUUCUGCUGCUCCAAGCUCCACUGAAGCCAAGACCUCCUCUUCUGCUGCUCCAAGCUCCUCUGAAGCCAAGACUUCUUCUUCUGCUGCCCCAAGCUCCUCUGAAGCCAAGACCUCUUCUGCUGCUACUUCUUCCGCUAAGGUUUCUUCUUCUGCCGUUGCUUCUUCCGCUAAGGUUUCUUCUUCUGCCGUUGCUUCUUCCGCCAAGGCCUCUGCCAUCUCCCAAAUUACUGAUGGUCAAAUCCAAGCUACCAAGACUGUUGCUCAACAAACUGAAAAUGGUGCUGCUAAGGCCUUCGUUGGUAUGGGUGCUGGUGUUGUCGCCGCCGCUGCUAUGUUGUUAUAA